AUGCAAGAAAAUAUGAAAUGGUAUACAAGGGUUGGUGUUUGGAUACCUCAGUGCCCCCCAAAGAACUGGGAGGCUAGGUCGUGGUCUGGAGAUGGGAGACGGCCAUCAGGAGCACUCCAUCAACUGGGUUCUGCUCGCUCGAUCGAGCUUGCGGCUCCUCUUCUUCUUCCUCAAAGUGUGUGGCUCCCUUGGCCUUGGUGGAGCUUGCUAGCUCGAACUGCCAUAUGGGGUUCCAUCUACUGGGAGUCCUGGUAA